AAGUGCUUUGUAAGGGCCGCUUUCUAAAGCCGGCCCCAAAGGCUGCGGUUAGAGCAGCAGCGGGGAAGGAAUUACGGGGGUGGUCCAACAUGGCGGCGGUGCGCGGGUGAGGUCCCCAUCCCGGAUGGAAACAGCCACAGCCGAGGGAGAGACAAAGGCAGCUGAGAGGCUAAAUGUGAGCGAACGCACAUAGGUUUGCUUCAGACUCAAUCACACAGUUGGGAUGCAGCCAGAAGCCGCAGAGAAAAGCAAUUUCCUCUUGCACUUCUGAUAGAACAAAGAAGGGGACACCAUGCCGACUGUGGUGGUGAUGGAUGUGUCCCUCUCAAUGACCCGGCCAGUCUCAAUUGAGGGCUCUGAAGAAUAUCAGAGGAAACAUCUUGCUGCUCAUGGCCUGACCAUGCUGUUUGAACACAUGGCAACCAACUACAAACUGGAAUUCACUGCCUUGGUUGUGUUUUCAUCCCUCUGGGAACUGAUGGUUCCCUUCACAAGAGACUACAAUACGCUCCAGGAAGCCCUGAGUAAUAUGGAUGAUUAUGACAAAACAUGCUUGGAGUCUGCUCUGCUUGGGGUUUGCAAUAUUGUGCAACAGGAAUGGGGGGCUGCCAUUCCCUGCCAGGUUGUCCUUGUUACUGAUGGCAGCUUGGGCAUUGGAAGGGGCUCUCUCCGACACUCUUUGACUACUCUUGGCCAACGAACUGAAAGCAACCGGUUCCCUCUGCCUUUUCCUUUCCCAUCAAAGCUAUACGUCAUGUGCAUGGCCAAUCUGGAGGAGCUCCAGAGCUCAGAUUCUUUAGAUUGUCUUGAACGGCUCAUAGACUUAAACAACGGAGAGGGCCAGAUUUUUACUAUUGAUGGACCCCUUUGCUUGAAGAAUGUGCAGUCCAUGUUUGGAAAGCUAAUAGACAUAGCUUAUACCCCCUUCCAUGCUGUUCUGAAAUGCGGCCAUUUGUCUUCGGACGUGCAAGCCUUUCCGAGGCCAGAGCCCUUCAUUAUAGAUGAGGAAAUCGAUCCAAUCCCUAAAACGAUUAAUACUGAUUUGGAAAUAGUUGGGUUUAUUGACAUAGCUGAUAUCUCCAGUCCCCCCGUCCUAUCAAGGCAUUUGGUGUUGCCUAUUGCUCUCAACAAAGAAGGAGAUGAGGUGGGUCCCGGCAUUGCUGAUGAGGUUGAAGACGAGAAUUCGGCUAAUCAGAUAGCGGGCAAGAUCCCCAACUUCUGUGUGUUGCUUCAUGGGAGCCUGAAAGUCGAAGGCAUGGUGGCUAUUGUGCAGUUAGGCCCUGAAUGGUAUGGGAUGCUGUAUUCUCAGGCUGACAGCAAGAAGAAGUCCAACCUGAUGAUGUCUCUCUUUGAGCCGGGCCCGGAGCCUCUCCCUUGGCUGGGGAAGAUGGCCCAACUUGGCCCCAUCUCAGAUGCUAAAGAGAACCCAUAUGGCGAAGACGACAACAAGAGUCCCUUUCCGUUGCAACCCAAGAAUAAACGCAGCUAUGCACAGAAUGUAACAGUGUGGAUUAAACAAAAUGGCCUCCAGACAGAUGUGCAGAAGAUACUUAGGAAUGCAAGGAAGCUCCCCGAAAAAACACAGACCUUCUACAAGGAGCUGAAUCGCUUACGAAAGGCAGCCUUAGCCCUUGGGUUUUGGGACCUGUUGAAAGGCGUAGCAGAUAUACUCGAAAGGGAACGCAACCUCCUGCCAGACACAGCCCACCCAGAUGCCGCCUUCCAGCUUAGCCACGCUGCUGAACAGCUCAAAAUGGCAGGCAGUGGCACCUCGGAAUAUGCCAUCUAUGACCACAAUAUCACACCUCUGCAGACAGACUUCUCCAGCAGUGGGACGGAGCGCCUGUGAUGACCCUCUAACGUAAAACUUUGUAUUCCAAGCUUGCUCUGUAAGAGCAGACUGGACUUUAUUAUUAAAUUUGUUACAUUUUCA